UUUUCAUGGGUUUUUCGUUUUGCUAUUUAACAUGCUGAAGUGCUAGCAUGGCUAGUGUGUAGAUUGGAAUUUGGGUCGAUUGCAUUGUCUUCCACAUUUUCAUCUAAAAUAGUCGUUUAAAAAGUUACAAUUCCGAAUUUUAACACAAUUUUGUUCCUUUCAAAUGUUGACUUUUGGUCCAUGAUGUUAGAUUAAAGUUUUUACUUGAAGUUUUACUUUUUUCAUGGGUUUUUUGUUUUGCUAUUUAACAUGCUGAAGUGCUAGCAUGGCUAGUGUGUAGAUUGGAAUUUGGGUCGAUUGCAUUGUCUUCCACAUUUUCAUCUAAAAUAGUCGUUUAAAAAGUUACAAUUCCGAAUUUUAACACCAUUUUGUUCCUUUCAAAUGUUGAGUUUUUGUCCAUGUCUUGCUUGCAGGUACCCAUCCCCAGAUCAUUACUCUUUAAAAAGCGUCCUAAAAGAACCCACAUCUCCAGGUUCAGGUUUUGCAUGAUAGUCUCAAUUUUGCUUUUGUCUUUACUACGCUGUCAUGGUCUCCAGAUAUAUUUAAGCUCAAAGUCACCAAAAUUUGCAGCAGUGGGAGACACUGCAAAGCUCAGCUGUCACUUCAAACUUCAUCCCAAGGACUCAGGAGUUCUCGAUAUUGAAUGGAGCAUCAAGCCUGCAGAUAUUCUUCGAGAAGAAACACUUGUCAUCUGGUACAGUGGAGAUCGGAUCUAUGACAACUAUAAUCCAUUUGGCCGUAGAGUUUACUUUGUGUCUCCUGAUCCUGCCAGUGGCAAUGCGUCUAUAAACAUCAGUAACUUGACAAUGACAGACACAAACACCUACCAGUGCAAGGUCAGAAAAGGUCCUGCAAUCGAGAGCAGAAUCAUUCACCUUAAUGCAAUGGAGAGACCAGCUGAGCUUGAGUGUUACGCAGAGGAUGCAGUUGAGUUGGAUCGCAAACUGGCAUUCAGAUGUAGGGCCGCAAAGGGAAGCCCCCCCAUCUGGUACUCAUGGUCCAUGAAGGGCACACGCAAGAGACUCCCCCACGAUGCCACUUUUGACCCCACACGAGGUGACCUGGUUUCAACAAUCAGCAAGGAAAUUCUUCCAGGGACCUUGGUCUGCACAGCUCAUAACCCUGUCGGUAUGAAGACAUGUCUGGUAGCACUCAGGUUGAACUCAGCAGGUGGAAUAACUUCAGCAGCAGCCGCAGCAGGCACAGCAGCCGCAGUAGUCACAUUGCUCAUGGUCUUAAUCAUCCCCACAGCCGUCAUUAUUUUCAGACGUAAAAGAGGAAAGGAAGGGGAUUAUGGAAAUGAGAUCGCAGAGGAUGAACCGCCUCCCCGAAAAUGGCUGUCCAAAAAGAGUCACCGGGUUGUGUCUUCAAGCAUUGCCUCAUGUGCAAGACAGGAACUCAAGGUCGAGAUGCAGGGGAACCAAAAACAAAAGAACUCAGAUGCUGCAGAUGACCAACUCUACGUGGAAAUGAAAGAUCUGGAUGUGGGCGGGGUGAUGUGGGAUCCCUUUAUGUAUCAUCAGCUGCUGAGAUAUUCCAGCAACCUCAGCUGCCAGGAUGAGUCACCUGCUGCUGGCACGUGAGACUUCCAGUGAGCAUUUUCCUGGUGGAAUCCUUUACAACCUUUUACAGGCCUCCACCACCAGGUAGCCACUUCCCCUGCUUCUCGGUCUCAGAACUUUUUUUCCACUGGCUAGCUCUUUUUUAGAUUCUGUUUGAUGGGUCCUGAUAUUCAAGUGUUUAGUUAUUUUCAGUUUCAGGAGGAAUCUUAAACCUUCAGGCAAAUCCUUAAUGUGGGGUUAAUGUUGUUUUUUAUGAAGAGGUUACCCCCUGGUCAAACUCUGCAGAAACCAUAGCCAUAGAGAAGA